AUGGAACACCCAGCCGUCCUCCUCACCGUGGCUCUGGCUAUCCUGGCUUGUGGGACUGGGGCGCCUCUCCAAAAGCCACACAAGUUACUCCUCGUGUCCUUUGAUGGCUUCCGCUGGAACUACGACCAAGAUGUGGACACCCCUAACCUGGAUGCCAUGGCUCAGGAAGGGGUAAAGGCGCGAUACAUGACACCUGCCUUUGUCACCCUGACUAGCCCCUGCCACUUUACACUGGUCACUGGCAAAUACAUUGAGAACCAUGGUGUGGUCCACAACAUGUUCUACAACACCACCACCAAGGUGAGGUGGCCCUACCACACCACGCUGGGUAUCACAAACUGGUGGGACAACGGCAGCAUACCCAUCUGGAUCACAGCCCAGAGACAGGGCUUAAAAACUGGCUCCUUCUUCUACCCUGGUGGGAACGUCACCUACCAAGGAGAGGCUGUGACCAUGAGCCGGAAGGAAGGCAUCUUCCACAAUUACAAAAACGAAACAGAGUGGAGGGAAAAUGUGGACACCGUGAUGAAGUGGUUCACAGAGGAGGAUGCGGCCCUAGUCACUCUCUAUUUCGGGGAGCCAGACUCCACUGGCCACAAAUACGGCCCUGAGUCCCAGCAGAGGAAGGACAUAGUGGAACAGGUUGACAGGACUGUGGGCUACCUCCGGGACAGCAUCAAGCGCCACAGCCUCUCAGACAGCCUCAACCUGAUCAUCACAUCCGACCACGGCAUGACGACAGUCAACCAGAAAGCCAGCGACUUGGUGGAGUUCCACAAGUUCCCCAACUUUACCUUCAAGGACAUCGAGUUCGAGCUCUUAGACUACGGGCCCAAUGGGAUGCUGAUCCCCAAGGAAGGGAUGCUGGAGAAGGUGUACAGCGUCCUCAAGGAUGCCCACCCAAGGCUGCACGUGUACAAAAAGGAAGAUUUCCCCAAGAGCUUCCACUACGCCAACAACUCAAGGAUCACGUCCCUACUCAUGUACAGUGACCUUGGCUACGUCAUCCAUGGGAGAGUGAACGUCCAGUUCAACAAGGGUGAGCAUGGUUUCGACAACCAAAACAUGGAUAUGAAGACCAUCUUCCGGGCUGUGGGUCCCAGCUUCAAGGCAGGCCUGGAGGUGGAGCCCUUUGAGAGCAUCCAUGUGUACGAGCUCAUGUGUCAGCUGCUUGGCAUUGUGCCCGAGCCCAACGAUGGGCAUCCUGGCACCCUGCAACCCAUGCUCCAAUCAGGGUCCGCUCUCCCACUCAGCGGUGGGCUCCGCUUGAUGAUGAUGUUGCUGGGGAUCCUGAUGGUGCUGGCCAAUACAUAACACCCUCACUCAGUCAAGUUCAGAGGCCUAGAAGGCCGAGGAGGCUCAAAGGAUGAAGCCAAGACUCUGCUUUCUACUUCUCGGUCUGAAGGACACCUUCCUGCCCUCCGCCCUUCCUCUCCCCCACUUCACCCACUCUCCUUUCUAGUACAGUAGCCAGAAUGCAGCUUCUGGAUUAUUCCACCACGCUGGUGACCCCCUCCAUGCUGGAAGCCGGAGAACCACCCUUGAGGUCCCUUCAGCAGAGGCUUGGAGGACAUCUCUACAAAGCAGACAAGCCACCAGAUCCCAUCCGCAUCGCCCUCCAGAUGCCUCCACCCAAAGUCAGCUACUCCUUCCUGCCCCCACCCAGAGCUGCAGUGGAGAGGACUCGCCCUCACACAGAGCUGGCUUGAGAAGAAUGCCCCAGGAGCCAGCCUCACUCGGAGGACAUCCCAGCACCACAAGUGACAAGACCACCCUCUUUCCCCGUCCCAUGCAGUCACAGCCCUUGGCCAGAGUGGAAGAAAGCCGUUCACUUCUUCUAGAAACACAAAACAGGAGUCUACUCCAUGC